AUGCUAGGGGAUGGAACGGGAAGAGAUCUGGGAGCCCAACUCUCUGGAUCUCGAGAAAGUUCGUGCGCGAGAGAGAAUUUUACUGUAGAAUCUCUUAAGAACGAGAAGAAAAGCGAUUGGGAUUUCUUUUUGCCCUGUGAAUGGCAAGAUUUGGAUCCACUGUAUUCUUCCGAGGUUGUUCUUCAUCGGCAUUUGCAUCGGCCCUUAAGAAUUGCACCGAAGUGUCCGAGGUAUUCCUCCGACCAAAUCGUUUCUGCCGGCUUGGAUAGAUCCACCUAUGUUGGAAAUCACGUCUUGGAAAUGUAUGGCAGGCUUGGAAGCGUGGAAGAAGCCCAAGAAGCGUUUGAGAAAGUGUUCGAGAAGAACCACAUUUCAUGGACACUCCUAAUUGCGGCACUUGCCCAGAACGGGCAUUGCAAGGACGCACUUGCAACCUUCAAGAAAAAGGAUCUGGAGGGUGUCAAGCCGAAGAGGCUCGCGUUCCUGCGAGUGAUCGGAGCUUGCUGCGACGCCAGAGACGCAUCCGAGGGCAGAAAAAUCCAUGCACGGGUUCUGGAAGACGCUGUUCUGGCGAGUGAUAUGUUUUUGAGCGCGGCACUCAUCAACAUGUAUGGGAAGUGUGGCUGCCUGGACGAGGCCGAGAUGGUGGUCCGCUGGCAGAAAGGAAAGGAAAUCUCUUCCACGAGAAGUAUGCCGAGCAAGAUGACGGCCCUACUUUCUUCUGCAGGACGAGAGAAACCAUCAGCCAAGGAGCGUGAAGAACGAAGACGCAGCAAAGAAACCGGUGAUUUGCUACACCUGCAACAAAAGUGGACAUGUUGCAUCCGAGUGCCCGGACUCGAAGCAAGCGAAAUUGCAGCGAUCAAUGCCGAGGAGAACAUUGUGGAUCUGGGCGAGGAAGAAAGGGAGAAGCUAACGGAGCUGGACGCUCUGACUGGAAGGUCCUUCCCGAACGACAUCCUGCUCUACGCGGUACCGGUGUGCGGGUACAGUGCUCUCCAGAACUACAAGUACCACGUAAAGAUCACACCAGGGCCUUCGAAGAAAGGCAAAGGAGCGAAAAUGGCUAUGGACGCUUUCAUUCGCUCGUCGGACGUGCUUCCGAGAGAGAAAGAAUUGAUGAAAGCGGUGGCGGAGUCGGAUCUGGUAGCGUGCAUGAUUGGAAAUGUGAAGGUGAGCGCUCCGGGACUGGCGAAGCUAAAGCAGAGCCAGAAGAGCAGCAAGAAGAAAGCCGCGGUGAAGAAAGAUAAAGCUUGGUAGACAAUUGUAAAGGUACUAUAGGACCAUUUUCUUCGUUGUUUUCCCCCAUGCAUCCGUGAUAGUUCUAGCCAACGUGAUCUUUGCAAUGUUUGGAGAAAUAUUGAGACAGUCAUGAGGCCAAAAUA